AUGGGAUGAGGGUGGGGGAAAAGGAGAAGCUGCAAGAGGGGUGAAGAAGUUGUUGCGUCGACGAAAAUUUGUGCGAAUCAGACGGAGCCGGAGACGGAGGAACGUUUUUGCCGGUGCAAUGUCACCUGACGGCUAGCUCUUGUCUCAAAAAACCUCCUACGGGCAGUUUGGCGGAGCGGCGACGGCCAGCAACCAGCGAGCAAUUCAUUUUGGCCUUGCCUUGGUCUUUCUUUUCCCCUUUGUAUUUUUUUGCAUUGAUAUUGGCUCUUUGAGAGCCUACAGGGUCAGAAUGGCUUUUUCUAGGCCUAAUUGCAUCGUUCACACGAUGCAAUCGAUCCGCCGUGCUGGACAGCAGUCUUCGUUCGUCUCCGCGUCUCCGAUUCCUACACAGCUGCUGCAGCGACAACAACGACAUCUACUGUCGACCACGUCGCGGGAAAGCGCCUCCGAGGUGCAGGCGGCGCCCGAAAUCGAUUUUGCGCAGUUUCUACAGACUCCCGCGCGGAUAAUUCCUGCCUCGCCGGCGUACUUCUCCGGCAGCCCCAAGUUCAUCGACUACCUCCUGGACCUUGAGCGGAUCCAGGCCAAAUAUGCGCCACUGCCGCUUGUGGCCGCCAACAAGGCACCACGCAUGGCAUGGUUCAAGCUGCCGCAAUUCCGCGACUUUGUCGGCGAGCAGGUGCCUGUGAAGAAGUACCGGGGCCUGAUCAAAAUCCUGCAGCGACUCAACCGGAUCAAACCCAACGUGGCUCCGGAGGAGGUGCGACAGACAUUGAGCAGGUUCCUGCGGCCAGGGAACCCAUACGGAAACAAACCCGCGCCGGCGACGGUGGAUGAGAUGGGCCGAGGUCGGGGCUACGGGAAACGCAAGGCUUCGUCGGCCGUGGUUCACCUGGUCGAGGGGGAUGGAGACGUGCUGGUCAACGGGAAGAGCCUUGCGGAAGUGUUCCCGCGUCUCCACGACCGGGAGAGCGCAACAUGGCCACUGAGAUGUACCCAGCGCUUGGACAAGUACAACGUGUGGGCGAUCGUGCGUGGCGGCGGCGUCACAGGUCAGGCGGAAGCGAUCACACUGGCGCUGGCGCGAGCGCUCUUGGUUCACGAACCGGCUCUCAAGCCCGCUCUGCGAAAGGCUGGCGUGAUCACCGUGGAUGCCCGUCGCGUGGAGAGGAAAAAGCCCGGCCAUGUCAAGGCUCGCAAGAUGCCUACCUGGGUCAAGCGAUAGGUUUUCUUUUGUCUAUUCAGCCUCGUGGACAUUAUGUAUUAUUGCAUCGGCGUAUUCUCUCUCUCUCUCUUUUUUUUCAACUGUUAUUCUUCUCCUUCUCCCUCAUAUCUAUACUGCCAUAGAAUCGAGAGUGUAUCACUAUUGUAUCUUUUGGUCCGGGAGAGUACGGAGUAUCCGUACAGAGUAACACAAAUCCUAACUAUCCCAUUGUCCAAGGCAGCAAUGUCCUACCCCGUCUGUAUCCUCGACUGGUUCGAUUCGGUUCCCUCGGAAUGCGCGUCAUAGGACACUAGCUGACCCCUGCUCAUGCGGUGAUUAAAUAGCAUCCAAGUUUG